ACGGAUGCUUGUCAGCAUCACAGCCAAGGCAAACAUAAAGUUCAAAUCACUACCAAACAAAGUCCAGGACUUUAUUAAUAGCACAACACAGUACCUAACUUCAAAGGGAAAAAAUAUGGGCAAUCAAAUUCACAUGCCUUACCACAUUCUUUCUCUCUUCACACUCUCUCUCCUCCUCCUCCCGAUCUCAUCGUCAAUCAACGUCUGGCCCAAACCCCGCACCUUCUCCUGGCCUCACCCGCACUCGAUCCUCGUUUCCCCGCUCCUCACCAUUUCCUCCCCCGAACACAAGUACCUGACCCCCGCCGUCAACCGUUACCGCCGUCAAAUCCUUACGGAAAAACACCAUCACGUCAACCCCCCCGGCGUCAACCCCACCUUCACUCCGUCUCUCAAGGCCCUCAACCUAACCGUCCGAGACCUCCGCGCGCCGCUCCACCACGGCGUCAACGAGUCCUACACCCUCACCGUCCCCGCCGGCGGGGCCGCCGCCUCCACCGCCGUGAUCGCGGCGGAGACGGCGUGGGGCGCCAUGAAGGGGCUCGAGACCUUUUCCCAGCUGGUGUGGGGCGACCCGAUCCGGAUCGCGGCGGGCGUCUUCGUGUGGGAUGCUCCGAUAUUCGGGCACCGGGGGGUGUUGCUGGACACGUCGAGGAAUUACUACGAGGUGGAGGAUAUAUUGAGGACGAUCGGGGCGAUGAGUUGGAAUAAGAUGAAUGUGUUCCAUUGGCAUAUCACGGACUCGCAGUCGUUUCCGAUUGUGGUGCCGUCGGAGCCGGAGUUGGCUCUGAAAGGGAGUUAUGGGGAGGGAAUGCAGUACUCGGCGGAGGAUGUGAGGAGAGUGGUGGAGUUUGGGUUGGAGCACGGGGUUAGGGUUUUGCCCGAGAUCGAUAUGCCUGCACAUACAGGAUCAUGGGCUGAAGCUUACCCAGAGAUUGUGACAUGUGCACAUAUGUUUUGGUGGCCUACUGGAUAUGCAUGGGCCGACCGCCUUGCAUCUGAACCCGGAACUGGCCAACUCAACCCCUUAAAUUCAAAGACGUAUGAAGUCAUAAAGAAUGUCAUUCGCGACGUUGCCGCAAUGUUCCCUGAACCAUUCUACCAUGCGGGGGCAGAUGAGGUCGUUUCAGGUUGCUGGAAAGCUGACCCAUCCAUUCAAACCUUCCUAGCAAAUAAUGGAACCCUUGGUCAACUUCUUGAGAUAUUUGUCAACUCUACCCUCCCUUACAUUGUUUCCCAUAAUCGUACGGUGGUCUACUGGGAAGAUGUUUUGUUGGAUGACACUGUCAGCGUGAGCGCCUCUGUUCUUCCCCCCGAGAAUACCAUUUUGCAAACCUGGAACAACGGCCCAAAAAACACUAAAAAGAUUGUUUCCUCUGGUUACCGCGCCAUCGUAUCAUCCUCUGAUUUCUAUUAUUUGGAUUGCGGACAAGGAGGCUGGCUCGGCAAUGAUAGUACGUAUGAUCAGCCACCGGGUACUGACCAAGGUGAUGGCGGGUCAUGGUGUGCACCUUUCAAGACAUGGCAGACCAUAUACAACUACGAUAUAACAUAUGGAUUGAGUGAGGAGGAAGCAAAAUUGGUCUUAGGUGGUGAGGUGGCACUGUGGUCUGAGCAAGCUGACCCAACAGUUCUGGACCCACGGAUAUGGCCAAGAGCCUCAGCCAUGGCAGAGGCGUUGUGGUCAGGGAACCGUGAUGAAGCAGGAAUGAAGAGGUAUGCAGAGGCUACAGAUAGGUUAAAUGAGUGGAGACAGAGAAUGGUUUCCAGGGGAGUUAGAGCUGAACCCAUUCAACCAUUGUGGUGUGUGAAAAACCCCGGCAUGUGUAAUGCUCAGCCAAUUUAGUUAUCUUGUUUGUUUGUAUGUGACAGCCAUUUUUGUUUUCCAUUUUUCAAACUGCAGUUGGAAAACGUAUAGAGUUUUUUAUUUUUUUGGAUUAAAUGGAGUUGGAAUAAAUUUGGUCUUUCAUGAAA